GGUAGGGUAUGGCGGCGGUGGGUUAUGGCGGUGGGUUAUGGCGGCGGCGGUAGGGUAUGAAGAACGGCAGGGAGGGAGUACGGAAGGACGGGAAGAAGAAGAAGAGGAGAGAAGAAGACCUAGCGAAUGGAGCAGCAGCAGCAGCAGAAGAAGAAGAAGAAGAAGAAGAAGAAGAAGAAGAAGAAGAAGAAGAAGAGAGGGAGAAGGAGAAACUGUACUUAGCAGAGCUGGAAUGGAGCAUGCAAACCAAGCCUGGUGGAAACUACUGGGCAACUGUGGCAAAAAUUGUGGAUGAUGCAAAGGUGGGAUCUGAGGAGAAGGAGAAACCAGCAAGGGAAGGAUCAGUUGACAGGGGAAAGGAUAAGGGUCGUCGAGGUUCAGGUGCUGCUUCAUCACCAUCGACGUCAACAUCGGCCGGUUCACCAGCCACUCUUCCUAAGCCCGGUAAGCAAACUGAUCUGACCCGUAUGCGGCAGAUUUUAAACAAACUGAAGCACAAGCCCCUCAAUUAUGCAGCAGCACCUGCAACACUGUAAAUAGAUGGGAUGAAGGGUGAAAAGAGGAUCCUGAGGGAUCAUGAGGAAGUCAGAGGAGUCUAAAUUGGAAAGGGUUUUGGGGUAAGAGGAUGCUUAAGAGACCAGUUAUGGGUGUAUGAGCACUCUCUUAAGUUAAACAAUGGAGUAAUCGAUGCAUCGAAAUGUAGGGGAUGCAAAUGUGCGAACAGAUCAUAUGGCUAGAAAGGGCAGGGUGCUCGGCACCCCCCUGACUGCAGGUCCAUGCUAUGCAACGACGACGACCAUGAUGAUGAUGAUGAUGAUGAUGAUGAUCAGAUGAUCAUUAGAUGAUAAUCAGAUGAUCAUUAGAUGAUAAUCAGACGAUAAUCAGGUGAUAUGGUCACGGCGUGGAAUGUGCAGGUGACUGGCAGGCCAGACCAAGAAGACAGGAAAGGGAGAUGUGUUUGCUUGUCCAGUACUUGCUAGAGCAUGGUUCGGAAUCAGUGCUUGGUCACACUAGGAACUUUUUUGAGUGUAUUUCACCUUUGUUAGCAGCCACGUGCAGCCAGUUUAGUAUUAGUGUCUGCUGGGCAAGGAUAACGAGAGGGUAGUUUUUUUAGCCUCCAUCCAAGAAAAGAGGGAGCAAUAUCCGAAGAUUAAGCAAACCAGUUUCUUAUUACCGCUGAGGUCAGUGGCUCAGUCUAGUGCAGCAUCGCAGACAGAUCCUGAUAAAGUACUCAUCGUAGAGCGUAUUAGCCUUGACUAUCCUCUUUGGAGAAUAGGGAGACUGAUGGCAAGCUACUUCAGACACUACCCCGAAGUUAUUAGUAGGUGUCCAACUUGUGAGCUUUUUCAUCCGUGAGCGGUUCUAUCCAUGUGAGGCAUAUAAGCGGAUCUGGGGAGUUCACCUUGACCACUGGAAGGCCCAUUGUGUUACCUGAAGGCCCACCACAUUACCUGAGGGCGCAAGGCGAUACCUAAGGGCCCAUGGCCUGAGGGCACAAGGCGGUACCUGAGGGUCCGCGGUGUUACCUGAGGGGCCAACAACGGCACUACCUCCGGGCUCAGGAUGUUACCCGAGGACCCACCAUGUUCGCCUGAGGGCCCAUGACGUUAUCUGAUGCCCUACAACAUUCUUUGAGGGUGCACAGUCAUACCUUAGGGCACACGACAUACCUGAGGGCCCACAAUGACAGAACCUGAGGGCCCAGGACGUUACCUGACAGCCGUGAUGUUACCUGAGGGCCGAUGACAGUACCUGAGGGCCCACGACAUUACCUGAGGGCCAGCAAGGGCAUUACCCGAGGGCCAGUGUUACCUGGGGGUGUAUAAAACAAGCCAAUGGGUGCCAGUUCUUCAGUUUAGCACUGCCUGAAGACUUCCAAAUUCAUUCCAGUUGCAGUGAUCGGUCACAGCUCAAGGAAGUUGUUGGCGUAUGGGUGCCAGUUCUUGAGUUUAGCACUGCCUGAAGACUUCCAAAUUCAUUCCAGUUGCAGUGAUCGAUCACAGCUCAAGGAAGUUUUUGGCAUAUGGAAGCCUGUGAGACUGCUGGGAAUCUAUCCGACCUCGCUUGAAAUGCUGGGUCACGGUUCAUCGCUAACUGAAGUUAGUUUGUUGGUCAGAGGCAGGGUGCGAUAUCCCGCACAAGUAGCAUGUCUUGUUCAGUCCAGAAUUUUCGUUAGCGCGAUUUCAUGGUACUCGCAACCACAAUUACGGGAGCUAUGCGAGGCAGCUUAAAAUGCAAACCAGUUACAACCACUAUUCGAGGUGACUUUAAAAUGAUAAAUGCAAGCCAGAUGC